CUGCGAAACUGGCAACUGAAAAGUCAGAGCUUCCCACAACUUCAAAUCAUGCAGUCAGACGAUCUCUUCAUCCGCAAGUUUCGCAGGCAGAGCCCACGCCCACCCCUAGUGAGAGUGAACUUUGACCCCAAGCAGGAUGGUGGUAGCGUGCGGACACGAGUCCUGUUAGAAUGGCCCCCUAGGAGAGAGGGAGAGGGAACAAACAGUGAGAGUGUCACACCCAGUGCAGCUGCGCUGAAUCUGAGGACAGUAGGUCGUGGACACAUAAUGCAGCGCAGCAACAGUGACGUCACCCUUGGAGAUUUGGAUUCAGCGGGGCAAGUCGGAAGGAAGUUGCUCCGAGUAGGGGGCGACAAAUCUGGGACCGCUGGGCAGGGCGAGUCCCUCCACCGAGAGUAUGGUAGCCUGUCCUCACUUGAAAGACAAACCCAGACUGUAGAUCCCAGUUUGGAAGAUCAAGGUGUUCUCAGUCCCAAUGCCUUGCGCUUCAGAGAUCCGUUUCUUCUGCUGGGUCUGCAAGAGGCACCUCCUGAGGUGGACGGCGUGUAUCAAGGAAACUGUGCCCCAGCACCAGACACGUCAAAACCGGUCAAGCCCCCCAAACCAGAGGGGCUCGGGAAGAAGGCCAAACCGUCCCCUACACAGGCCCCUCAGUUUUCCUGUGACCAAGUCCCAGGUGGUGCUUGGGUACGCAAUUUUGCACACUAUGAUGUACAGAGUAUCCUCUUCGACCUGUCGGAGGCUGCAACCAAUCGGGACAGCAUCGGGCGCAAGAAGAACAUCACAUCCGGAGCGUCAGCUGCCUCUCAACUCCGUCCGCUUUCACAGUCCACACCUUCCUCAUGUUUUCAGGGCGGAGGGGGUUGCUCGGGAAGCGGGACUGGCUCGGAAGAUCUAGAGCAGUCCUUGAUGGACGAAGGAGAUGGGAACGAUAAUGAUCUCCUGCUCAGUUGUCCUCACUUUCGAAAUGAGAUGGGUGGCGAGGAGAGUGUGGGGCUCGGCCUGCCGCGGGCCGGCAGGCACAGGUGGAGGAGUCUUCAAAGUCCCAACAAUGCUGUGUCCGUGUUAGAGGAGCCCAGGGAAAGCCAUGUCCAGGCACAGGGGAAAAGUAACUACUUCAUAGAGCAUGCAGACCUGGGGGCUCGGUACUAUCACAAGUACUUUUACAUGAAAGACCAUCAGAAUUUCUUUGGCAUGGACGAGCGUUUGGGGCCGGUGGCCGUCAGUUUCCGCAGGGAGGAAAAAGAGGGAUCAAGUGGGUCCCAGUACAACUACAGAAUCAUUUUCAGGACCACUGAACUGAAGACCCUGAGAGGUUCGAUCCUGGAGGAGUCUGUUCCCUCCGCAGCGCGCCACACCACGCCUCGCGGCCUUUCGCCCAAAAGACUGCUGGAGUUUAUUUUGCCCGAUCUCAACCUACAUUGCCUCAGACUAGCCUCCACUUCCCCUAAAGUCAGAGACACGCUCCUCAAACUGGACGAGCAGGGGUUGAAUUUCCAGCAUAAGGUGGGCAUUAUGUACUGCAGAGCAGGACAGAGUACUGAAGAGGACAUGUAUAACAAUGAGAGCGCCGGACCAGAAUUUGAUGAGUUUCUGGACCUUCUUGGAGAGCGAGUGCGACUCAAGGACUGGGAGAAAUACAGAGCUCAACUAGACACCAAAACUGACUCCACCGGUACACACUCACUGUAUACUCGCUACCAGGAUUACGAGAUUAUGUUCCAUGUCUCCACCAUGCUUCCAUACACACCCAACAAUACACAACAGUUGCUGAGGAAGAGGCACAUAGGGAAUGAUAUCGUCACAAUAGUCUUCCAGGAGCCAGGUGCUUUACCUUUCACCCCCAAAACCAUCCGUUCUCACUUUCAGCAUGUGUUCAUCAUUGUCCAAGUACACGAGCCCUGCACCGAAAGCACCUAUUACAGAGUUGCAGUAACUCGUUCCAAGGACAUCCCUCUCUUCGGUCCUCUCUUCCCUAAAGGUGCACGCUUCCCACGUUCUCCUGCCUUCCGGGACUUUCUCCUCGCCAAAGCCAUUAACGCAGAGAACGCGGCGGAGAAAUCAGAGAAAUUUCGCUCUAUGGCCACACGUACGCGGCAAGAGUACCUAAAAGACCUGGCGGAAAACUACGUCACCACAACGCCCAUUGAUUCUUCCACCAAAUUCCCCCUGCUGUCGCUGGGCGGGAAGCGCAAAGAUAAGCUGAAGGGAGCGAAAGGUGCAGAGCUUCACAGCGCAGGUGCUUUAGUGUGGGCCGUCACCGUCGUUCAGGGCGGCGAGAACAACGGUCUGAGCCUGUCCUGUCUGCUCGGCGUGUCGGCGGAGUCGGUCGUGCUCAUAGAGCGAUCCACGCGAACCGUCGUGUUUAACUGCAGCUGCCGCGAUGUGAUCGGCUGGAAGGCCGUGACCGAGUCUGGAGCUCAGGGUGGCCCUUCGCUGGAUAUCUUCUACGAGAGAGGCGAGGCAGUGACUGUGACGACGUCAGAAAGCCAAGUUGAGGAUAUUAAGGAGGUUGUCCAGAGGCUGGAGCUGGUGACACGAGGCUGUGAGGCGCGUGAGGUCACUCCCCUGCGGGACGGUGUCGGCCAGCCGGGCUUCCUGAUGAGCGAGGAAGGCUUUGUAACGGAGCUCCAGCGGUUCGGAUACGCGGAGAGCGGCGGCCUGCAGCUGGGGGCUCGUGUGGUUCGUCUCUGUGGGCAGGUCCUGGUGCACCUCAGCCUGGAAGAGCGGAGCCGACUCCUCCGCGCGGCUCAAAAGAUCCACAUCACAGUCAUUCCUCCAGACGAGAACGGAAAACCACGCAGGAGUUUCUCUGAGCUCUACCAGAAGGCCAUCCAGGACGCGGAGAGCAAAUCCGGAGAGGGACGGUCAGGCGAGGCCUGGGUUCUGGAUGACGAUGAAGAAGUUGAGGUUGAUGGCGGCGGAGGAGAGAAAGAGGAGAAGAAACAGAUUGAAAAUAAGACGACAGACAGGGAAACUCCAAAGCAGGAGAUACACGAGGAGCAGAUGGGAUUUCCGGAGCCCAUGGAAACAGAUUCGCUCCUCUCUCCACCCAGCCUGCCUCUCAUACGGGCGCAGAUUAAAUCAGGGCAUGUAUAUGAUAACGUGGGGCUGAAAGCAAACAGGCACAUCUAUGAAAACCCUGGAGAGCUUCGGGACGAGACCCCUGACCUCAUACUGACAGUCAAACCCAAAGUGCCUCUGGAGCAAGAGCAACAGUUUGGGUGUGAUCAGGGGCCUGAAGAGAGGCCAUCGGUCAGUGAUGUGACCUUGAGAUCCUCCUGCAUGGAAAGUGAAGAAAGAAACUCCAGAGCUCUGAGCCUCCAUAACUCCAUCACUAAGAGUCAGGAAGGGAAAGCGAGGGAGAAAGAGGACAAGGCAAUACUGCAAGCAGAGGUGCAAAAUCUCAGGCAGAACAACCAGCGGUUGCAGGAGGAGUCCCAGAGCACCGUGGCACGGCUCAUUAAAGUCACCGAACUGCUCUGCAACGUCAACAAACCCUGCUAG